CUCCGGUAUGUCCUGCUACAGCGAGCACAGAGAAGUCAAUCCGUUUGGACUGCUGCAGGUGGGCGUACUGUCUCUUUAACCUGUUUCCGUGAAUAACAUCCACAUCUACCUGUCAACAUGAGCGACCCCUGGCAGGAGUGCAUGGACCUGUGUGUGGAGGUCACCAAGGAGGCUGGACAGAUGAUCCGUGAGGCGCUCCAGAAGGACAUCGCCGUCAUGCAUAAGAGCUCGGCAGUUGACCUGGUGACCGAGACGGACCAGAAAGUGGAGCAGCUCAUUAUAUCCUCCAUCAAGGAGAAGUACCCCACUCACAGUUUCAUAGGUGAGGAGUCUGUAGCAGCGGGCGCCCCAAGCAUUCUAACCGACAGUCCAACCUGGAUCAUCGACCCGAUCGAUGGCACCACCAACUUCGUUCACAGGUUCCCCUUUGUGUCUGUAUCAAUCGGCUUCACUGUGAAGAAAGAGGUAGAGUUUGGUAUCGUCUACAGCUGCAUUGAGGAUAAGAUGUACACAGCACGGAAAGGGAAAGGAGCUUUCUGCAAUGGAGUCCCUAUCAAAGUGUCUGGACAGGAAGAUAUUAGCCAGUCUCUGGUUCUGACCGAAAUGGGCUUCAAGAAAAAUCCGGAGCAUUUCAAAACAAUGAUGGCCAACAUGAAGACCAUCAUCUCCCUCCCUGUGCACGGUAUCCGCUCCCCGGGCAGUGCAGCUGUCAACAUGUGUCUGGUAGCGUGCGGGUCGGCUGACGCUUACUACCACAUGGGCAUCCACUGCUGGGACAUGGCCGGAGGGGCAGCCGUCGUUACCGAGGCCGGAGGAGUUAUCAUGGACAUUUCAGGUGGACCAUUCGAUCUGAUGUCUCGGAGGCUGAUUGUCGCCAGCAGCCGAGUGAUAGCAGAACGCAUCGCCAAGGAGAUCACAGAGUUUGACGUUGGCAGGGACGACACAGAUGGCUAAUAAAUUCCCCAUCAUCGUCCUCUCGGCAGACUGAACAGGUUUUUAAACACACAACUGUUUUGCAUAUAGUCAUGAUCACUUCUAUGCCUUAAGAACCAAAACAAUAAACGUACCUCUGAAGAACAGCAAAGCGGGUUUUCUUAAAGACACAGCACUCCAGGCUUUCAGCCGUCCUUCUGCUGAAACGUUUCUUAUUAGGACAUUCAUGACGUGAUUAAUGUUUAUUGUCUGUGGUCUAAAUGCACUUGUUUUUAAUCAAUAAUUUCUCAUGUUGUCUGUAUUUAUUCAUGUGCACAAUGCAGUCAGAACAACAUCCCUGAUGGAAUUCCUCUUUUUAAAGGUCCCAUAUUAUGCUUUUUCUGGUUUUACAUGCCCUUUAGUGUGUUUUCCAAGUGUCCUGUUCAUGUUUAGGCACAUCUAUGUGCAAAAA